CUAAAGCUUAUAGUAGGUUGGGUUAAUUUCCGUACAAACUAAAACAAGAGAAACACAUAACGGGAAAUCGAAGAAAGAAAAGAAAACAAUGGCGGUUCCAGGGAGGCGCAAUGGAUUGCUUGAAGAAGACGAACACGACGAUGACAACGCUCUCUUCCAAGAAAACGAUCUCGCGAUGGACCUUGAAGCCGACACCCCUCCUCACCUUCGCGACCUGGCCGCAGCCGCCCAGUUCGGCGACCUCAACGCUCUUCGCCUCGCCCUAGACAACUUGAAUGGCGCCAUCGAUGAACCUGUAGAAGAUGGUGACACAGCUCUCCAUCUUACCUGCCUUUAUGGUUAUCUGCCUUGUGUCCAGCUACUUCUGGAAAGAGGGGCUAAUUUGGAGGCCAAGGAUGAAGAUGGGGCAGUUCCUUUGCAUGAUGCCUGUGCUGGGGGAUUUACUGAGAUAGUACAACUUCUACUUGACAGAGCCACCAACAGUGGAUGUCUGAAAAGGAUGCUAGAUUCAGUUGAUACGGAAGGUGAUACUCCUCUUCAUCAUGCAGCACGAGGUGAGCAUGUGGAGGUGAUAAGAUUGUUGCUGACUAAUGGGGCUUCUCCCACAAAGACAAACACAUAUGGAAAGAUACCAUGUGAGCUAGCUGACCCUGAAACGGAUGCGUGGAGAGUUCUUGAAGCUGCUGCUAGUGCUCAGACCUCCCAGUAAAGCUACACAUGAUGAUUCUUGAAAAUUGCUUAGCCAGUGUUAGAGGAGCAGAGUUGACUGGUGGCUACUUUUUUGCUGCCACUCUACCAUGGACAGUUGAGGGCAAACAUUUUUGAGGCUAGGAUGAAAUAUUUGUUUCUCAUUAAAUUUAAUACUAGUAUCUUAGGAGAAAACAGAGCUUGUAAGUUUUAGCUUUUAAGUGCUACCCUGUUGUUUUUGCAUAGGAACAAAUAACAUUCCGAGUCAGAUUUUGUCAUGCAUUAUCUUUUUAAUGAUUCGGAUGAUAUAGUAAUAUUGUUUUGUAUUGGCCAAGAGAAAAAAAUUAGUAUUUUUCAACUUGCCAGACAUCUCAAAGCGGACAACCUGUUUUUUCACCGUCUAAUUUUUAUAGCUGAUGUGAUCAACCUUUCCCGAAGACACAUCCCUCGGUUCUUUCAUCGUCCAAUGAGAUCCUCGGCUUGUUCCCUUUCCACUUUAACCAACUUCUCUUUCUUUAUACCUUGUUGGUGCAAUAAUUAUCCGAGGCCAAGUCAUCCAAUUAUUUGCCAACUCUAAAGAAUCAGACUAGAGAAAAACCCAAUAGCUUUUUGACUAGUUCAACUUUUGUUCCAAUCAUAGCUUGCUAUGUCUAGUUGUGAUACUUGCAUAAUAAUGCCAACUGUACCUAUUUACUAUCUCCUUCAUUUGCUUGUCAUAAUUAUGUUAUUGCACAUAAAUUACCAUAAUGCAGUGUCAGCGUUCACCGAAAGAUUAACGAAUUAACCGACUGCUGAUCACAAAAAACCAGGCCAUAUCCCAGUGGUCAGCGGCAGAUUCCUCCUACCAAGCAUUAACAAAGGAACAACCUUUAAAUUCUUGUCUUCUCUCAUUCCUAUUAAAAGAGAGGCCUGGAAGUGGCGGCUACGCUGGUUAUAGAGCUCGGGCUGAUUAUGAUCAUCUUAUCAAGCUUCUUCUUAUCCCCCGAGUGUGGGAAAUGUUGUUUGAUACUUCGAUUCUCAGAUGAUUUUUUUACAUUGUUACCACAAUAUGAGCGUGUCUUUGAACAACUGUAAUAUUGUCAUGUUAUGAUACUAGUUAUUGAAUCUCUCUUCGUAGUAUCCCAUAAAGUUAAUGUUUCUACCCUGAUUGAUCUGCGAAUGUGGGACACCGCUAGCCAAGAACGUUUCAGCACAAUUAGAACAGGUGUGAAAAAUGUUUAUAUUUGAUGUAGUUUGUUGUCGUGUUUUACCUUGUCUCUACCAUUUGUUUGAGUAACUUUGAUUCCAAAAAACAAAAAUGAUUGUCUUUUAUCUUUCAUCAAAAUAAUAUUUGGCUAGUUGACAGAUUACCUAAAUGACUGAGUAAUAACUUGUUAAUAUGGUUCUGGUUAGAUAAUGAGAUAGAUGGAGACUUGAGUUUUACUGCUUGAGACAGGUCUAGUAAUAUUUUUGCCAUCC